CAUUUCCCAAUAACAAUCGCAAAUCGCAGGUCUGAAAUCAAAUCAAAUCUAGGGUUUGUUUGUUGGGAAGCGAUGGCAUUGAGGAGGUUCUACCAUGAGAUCAAGGGGAAGAAGGUUUCAGAGGUUCCAGAACACGUGAAGCCAAUGCUCUCCUUCGAUUACAUAAAAAAAGCGAUUCAGAGAGGCAUGGACAAUUACCAUGCCAAGUACAUUGAAACCAGUUCUCCCGAACCUCUCUUCCAUAUCUGCUAUGGUGGCAUGAUCUUCUCCUACCUCGUUGCUCUCCCUCACGAGCGUCGCCACCUCGAACACCAGCAGCAACACGCUCAGCAUCAUUGAUUCCUUCAGGAUCCUGGUUGCUGAAUUGGAGUUCGUUGGCUUGCUCGGUCUUUUUGUUUUAAAAUCUGAAAAAUCAAGGCAGAAAGAUACUGUCAGCUGCAAUGUAUUUCAUCGUUUGAAUGAUAAAAUAAGUUCUAUUUGAUACAAUACUCAAUUUUCUUGCACUUAAAUGUUAAUUGAAUGUGUGAAAAGAGAACAUACUUUUUUUAUUUGGUUCAGUCCUCUUGAUGUGGUGAUUUUAUUUUGCAACUGCUCACCUUGUUGGAUGGGUUUCAUAUCUCGACCAAAUCAUACAUGUGUCACAUUAUAUU